UGGGUUACUGAAAAGAAGAUGCAUCUUGUUGAUAUAGGUAGUACCCAUCAAUCCAUUUAAGCCCUCUUCAACUGUGUAGUCCCAUACCUACACACUUUUAGAAUCAUCACACUUGACCUUCCCUAGGCGAUGUGGGAUUGCACAGCUUUACCCGGUCUUUCCCCCUACUGAUCACGGGAUACUGACUGUCACAAUCACUCACCGAUUCGAACUGGACUCUCUCUCUUCGGUUUCUUUUUCAUCAAAGGCGCCAACUACUUUGUCUCCCAAAUCUUACGUGCGCUUCACCUUGUCUCUUCGGCCUCCCAUAGGUGGUACCAUGGAUCCUCCUCAAAGUUUGCCUACCAUGCUUUUCAAUUUCGACCUCCUGUUCCUGCACAAUAGCCGCAGCAAUUCAUUCCUGUGACUUCUCAGCAUUUUCAGCCUAUUGGGCGAGGUGUUCCACCCAUGAACAUUGCAAUGCCUCUUGGUCCUCCUCAAGCUCCUCAGCCCUUCUAUUCCCAACCAAUGUAGCAAUUCCCUUCUAGGGCUGGUCAGCUAGAUCAAGAUAUGCUGCCACCACAGCCUAUGACAUUGCCAAUUGCUCAUCCAAAUAGUCACCCCUUGCCAGUUGCUCAUCCUCAGCCUAGUGCUAAAACUACAAACAACUUCACUCCUAGUAUAGUUGGCCAAGGAACACCACUCUCUUCAUCGUAUACUUUUGCCCCUUCCUAUGGUCAAAUACAAAGAGGUUUCAGUGAUGCCACCCAGUAUCAAUCAAUACCUCAAAUGCAUCCGGCAAAUGUUUCUUUUGAUGGGCAGCCUAUGUUAUCAGCUCAAAGCCAAAGCAGUGUUUUUGUUACACCCCAACAUCAGACUAUUGAAAAGCCUUCAAUGACAAACAUCAUUGCUCCAGUAUCCAGCAUUCAGCCUAACCUCAUCCAAUCAGAGUGGAUAGAACACACGUCUCCUGAUGGAAGAAAAUACUAUUAUAAUAGGAGGACAAAACUAUCAAGUUGGGAGAAGCCUAUAGAUUUAAUGACGCCCAUUGAGGUACAUGCUGUGCCACUCUGUUGAGA